UUAGAAGAGUAUCCUGUAGAAGAAUGCUACGAAGAUUUGACCAUGGUUCAGUCAAUGCACGAUUUGACGGAUACUAUCGCUGAAUCACCUCCGAUGACAUCUCCACCCGUUGAGAUAGACCGGUUUCCCGCUGUGGAAAUUGAAGAACCAAUUGGUAUCCCGGAUCAUGUUACUAAGCGUUCACCUGAUCAAACUAGCCCCGCUCAUGAAACACCGAAAUCGAACGAAUCGGAUGUUCCUCCCAAGAAGCGAUCGAGGUUCGAUUCUCGACGUUCAAAAUCCUCACCUAAGGUAUCCAAAUCGAAUUCCUCCUCUUCAAAGCGGAAACCCAAUUCGGACUUGUCGGAUGAUCAGGAUUCGGACGAGCAAGAUACUGUUAAAUCCCGAGUGUCUCAGACGCGCACUAGGAAAACUCCGUCUCGAAGACGGCUACUAAGCGAUAGCUCAGAAAAUGAAACGGUCGAGGAACCAAAGAAGUUACAGUCACCAAUCGGAGUUGUUCCGAAAUCCGAACCUGUCGCAAAGAAUGAUCAGUAUCUAGAAAAACAGAAACUAAAUGAAGAACCCAUGCAAGUAUCGGAGACUAAGCAAAAUAAGUUGAACAGCGAACAAAUCGAUCGUCGAAGAAACAAAGAAGAUUCCAACAAAAACCAUAGAAAUCAUCCAUCAAAAACGAAGAAGCAGCGAUCAGCUUCCCGUUCCACUCAAGAAUCCCAGAAGUCCUCUGAACAAGAAACAUCCAAAGAUGUUGAUUCACGAACAACCAAGAAGCCUCGUACACCGGAACGUGAGCCAAGUGGAGUAUCGCCUGCACUGGCAUCCAGUGUUGUCUCUCAGUUGUGUCAACUUUGCCGCGAGCUAAAAGCCAGUCUGGUCCGAGGGCACGAAAAUUUCGCACUCGCUGUUGGUUUCUUGACACAGCUGACUACGAUCCCAGCCCGAUUACCAGAACUCGCCCAAGCCUGGGAUCUAAUGGAUUGUAUAAAAAAGUGUCGGCGGUACAAACUGUCAGCAGAAGUUCGUGAAGCGGCCGAGAAGGCAUUGAAACGAUUUCAGUCAAUCCGGAGCACAGCAACCAAAGAAGAGGCUCCCGAAAUCUUGAUUUCGACUGGUUCUUUGAGUGGGACUCCUCACUUACGUUACGAAAACACCUUAAUUCUAGAGAUCAGUAAAAUUGUUCAUUGUCACCCGACCGUAUAA